AAUCGAGGUAUAUGAGAGAAGAGAUUAAUGAUUAAACCACAAGUCGAAAAUCUGCAGCAAAGAUCUUCUAUCGUUCCUGACUCAGUUCCUGCAAUGUCACUACCAUCAGCUUGCGACAUUAUUGUUAUCGGCAGCGGCAACGCAGGUUUCUCUGCUGCCCUUUCAGCCGCUCAACACAAUCCCAAAGCCAGCGUCAUCAUAAUCGAUAAAUGCCCCAAGAGCUGGGUUGGUGGAAAUAGUUAUUUCACCGCUGGAGCCUUCCGGACUGUGCACAACGGCCUAGCCGACUUGCUGCCACUUGUGAACAAUGUGCCAUCAGAUAAAGCGUCACGCGUCGACAUACCUGUUUAUUCGGUAGCAGAUUUCGCACACGAUCUCCAACGGAUGACCGGUGGCCGGACAGAUACAGCUCUUUCCAAGAUACUUGUGGAGGAGUCUCGGGACACCAUUGGCUGGUUGGCUCAGAAUAGUAUCCGUUUCCAGCUCUCUUUCAACCGUCAAGCGUAUGAGAUGGAUGGCCGAAUCAAAUUUUGGGGUGGUAUGGCGCUGAAGACUGAGAAUGGAGGAAAGGGUCUCAUUGAAGAUCACCUUCGGGCUGCGCAAAAGCACGGUAUCAAGGUCUUCUUUGACACUGCUGCGACCAAGCUUGUCACAAACCUUCAGACUGGCGCGGUGAUGGGUGUUGAAGUAGCCACUCGAGCCCACGAAGGCAAAAAUGCCGAUUCUCAGACGAUUCAAAGAAUGACGAUCCAAGGGAAGGCAGUGAUCAUGGCUGCGGGGGGCUUCGAAGCAAACCCUCAAUUGCGAGCGCAGUACCUGGGUCCAGGUUGGGACGCUGCAAAAGUCCGUGGGACCCCUUAUAACACCGGCGAUCUUCUUCAGAUCGCACAGCGAGACGUCUUCGCAAAGGCUGUGGGUAACUGGUCCGGCUGUCAUAGCGUGGCGUGGGACGCGGACGCACCAGCGCACGCCGGCGAUCGCGGCGUAUCGAACGAAUUCACAAAGUCGGGAUAUCCCCUGGGAAUCAUGGUCAACAGAGACGGAGUGCGUUUUGUCGAUGAAGGUUCCGAUAUGCGGAACUAUACCUAUGCCAUGAUCGGUCGUCGUAUUCUCGAGCAGCCAGGACAGAUCGCGUUCCAGAUCUGGGAUGCACGAACGACGCCGUGGCUGCGCAGCGAAGAGUAUCGACCGGAGGUGACCCGUCACCUUACCGGAGACUCUCUGGAAGAACUUGCAGAUCGUUGCGUCGAGGCAGGCUUGACCGAUAAGGAGCGAUUCCUUGCGACGCUUUCAGAAUACAAUCGCUCUGUGCCAUCCGAGGAAGCCUCCAAGGACAAGUGGGAUCCCGCGGUGAAGGAUGGUCUCUCAACGAAGGGUCUUCCAGUGCCCAAAUCUAAUUGGGCCUUGCCCAUCGAUCGCGCACCCUUCCUUGCUGUCCGAGUGACAUCGGGAAUCACGUUCACAUUUGGCGGACUUGCUGUAAACCCCGAAACCACAGCGGUGAUUUCGGAGGCCACAGGUGGCGAGAUCCCUGGCCUCUAUGCGGUUGGGGAGAUGCUUGGUGGUAUUUUCCAUGACAAUUACCCCGGUGGUAGUGGGCUGACAUCUGGCGCUGUCUUUGGUCGACGCGCUGGACGAGCUGCAUCGGAAAGAGUGAGUGUAGAGGGAGUGGAAGUUUGA